AUGACCUUACUUUUUUUAUUUUCAGAUUUUCCUUCCGAAACUACACCUCAAGUACCAUGGUUUAAUCCAUACCAAUGUUCAUGCUAUCCAAUAGCAUAUUGCGGUAGACUUGCAGGAAAAUUUGAUCCACGAGUUGUGACACCGUUCAAUUGUUAUCCUGGAUAUGUAUUAUGUUGUCCUUAUUAUCCUCCUGAAAAAACUUCUGCACCAGAGAUUUGUGGAAAUCGAAGUAGUAUUCAACCACGAGCAAAUAAACUUAUGGGCCGUGCUGUUUAUGGCGAAUAUCCAUGGACUGGAGCCAUAUUAGAUACAGAUAAUUCGUAUCUAGGUGGUUGUGUAUUAAUAAAUAGACGUACUGCCUUGACGGCUGCUCAUAAGAUCGCUGACUACACUGAUAAGCCAUUGAAGGGAAGAUUUGGUUUUGUAAAUGGUAAACUAAUUGAUGACAAUACAAAAGAAUACAACAUUGAAACUAUAACAAUUCAUCCGGACUUUGAUCGUAUAACUUUUAAAAAUGAUAUAGCUAUUUUAAAAUUUAGUGAAGAUAUUACGUAUAGUCCUGUUAUAGGUCCAGCUUGUUUACCAUAUGACGAAAACUUAAUAGUUGAAGCUCAAAGAGGCUGCUGGGUAUCUGGUUGGGGACGAGAUAAAUUUGCCGAUGGCAUGUAUCAAAGUGUACAAAAAACUGUACAUGUUCCAAUAAUUGAUAAAAAUUCAUGUGAAUCAGAAUUAAAAAGCACUCGACUUGGUCCAGAUUUCACUUUGGAUAGUGACAGUUUUAUUUGUGCAGGAGGAUAUUUAAACCAAGAUGCUUGUACUGGUGAUGGUGGUUCACCUUUAGUUUGUGAACUGGUAACUGGACAAUGGACUGUCGUGGGCUUAGUUAGUUGGGGUAUUGGUUGUGGUUAUCCAAAUAUCCCCGGUGUAUAUGUGAACGUUGCACAUUUUUUACCAUGGAUACAAUCACCAAACAAUAAUCGAUAA